UUCACAGAAGCUCUGUUUUGUUACCUUUUUCAUGUAUACGUAAUGUAGCUCCCCGGUGUAGGUUGUAUUAUUAUCUCUCUCUCUCUCUCUCUCUCUCCAAAACGGAGAUCUCAAAUCCAAAACGAGUUAACGGAGAAGAUGACGACUCAAGGUUCCAACGGAGAUCUCAUUCAGAAGUUCUUUAGGGUGUACAUACCAAACUUCACCGAAGAUAACAUGAAUCUACCUUUUGUUUCGGACACUACCUCAGGGAUGCAUCUUCCUCAGAAAGUGACAGUUAAAAGCGUGUCUUCGGGUAACAUAUGGAGGAUGGAAAUGACAACGAACGGUGAGAGUGACGCUCUGUUUCUCCAGGACGGAUGGAAGAAGAUCGUCAAGGACGAGAACAUCACGGAGCCAGUUUUUUUGGUCUUCGAGUUCGAUGGUUCUCGCUUGUUCCACUUCUGCGUGUACGAGCACAGUACCAUGUGUAAGAGGACGAGAUCUCUUAUUGAAAAAGAAGUGAUUGAAGUGGAGAGUGAAGAAGAAACUGAAGAUGUGAAUGUGGAGAGUGAAAAGAACACAAAAGGGUCGCCAGUUGAUGAAUAUCUAGACGACGAACUGAAUUCGUCUUUUCCGGUUGAUAUGACUCAGUCAAGAACGCGCAUACCGUCGCUACUUAUAAAGGACUACAAGUUGACAUUUCCAAACUUGGUUACUGUACGUGACAAGAUUGGGAAAUUAAAGAGGAAAAUCUUGGUUUGGAAGAACGGAUCUGUUUAUCUCAGUGGACUCAGCAGUUUUAUCCGAAGGAAUCAUGUGAAGCAAGGUGAUAAAAUGUUCUGCGAACUAAAGAUGGUUGAUGGUUAUAUCGGUCUUGUUCAUGAAAUCAAGGUCCAUAUUAUCAAAGGCUGAUCUCGUAUAUUCAAGAUGGUGUUACUUCUUCAAUCUUAUCGAUGACUGAAUUGUUUAGCUUAUUAAUGUCAGUUGUGUUGAACAUGGUAGUUUCUCAUUUGUUUCCUUAUGCAUUUCACAACACCUUGCAACUUGCAACUUUUGUUUCCUACACUA